CACCCCAACACUGCAGCUCUCACACACGCGGACAAGCGCGCGGGGGGGGGGUUCCUCUAGCGUUCUUACCGUUUGCACGCGCGGCUGACUGCGCUCCGCUCGCGCUGGCUGUGCUGGAGAACUGCAGGGAGGAUGAAGAUGAUGAUGAUGAACGCGGAGAAGAUGGUGAAGAUGGUGAGGACGCGCGAGGAUUCCCGUUAGGCUGCUGAAACACACACACACACACACACACACACACACACACACACUGCAGUGUGGAUCCUCCCAGCUUCAUCUCACGCGCGCGCGCGCACACACACACAUACACACACACACACACAUCCAUGGGCUUCAGCGUCUUCCUGGUCGAGCCCUGAAGCCGAGCGGCUCCGCUGCGCUCCGGGGGACGGACGGAUGUUUUUGAUGGACCACUGUGGCCGCUGGACACGCUGUGGAUGAUCAGGCUGGCUCGACGUUGACCACUCGCACGCGCGCGCGCAGCCCGAUGGGCUUCGGCCUCGUGUGUCUGCUGGACUCGUGGAGGUCUUCGGGAAGGCUGAGCGAGCAGAUCUAGAACGGGACGUGUUUUUUCUAGCACGCGCUCCCACGAUCGGUUUUUCUUUUUUUCCUAAGGCGUGAGAAUCCCCCCCCCCCGCCCCCCAGCACCCCCCACGCCCACUCACUCUCUCCUCCACCGCCCCCCCCCCCGCUGCCCCUCCCCCGGCGGACUGCGUGCGCCCGUGGCUGGGCGGAUGGGGUGUGAUGUGGACGCUCUGCACCCCGUCCUCGGCUGCUGUGUAACGCGUGUGUGUGGUGGUGGUGGUGGUGGUGGUGCUGUGUGUGCAGGAUGGCGAGGUUUGGAGACGAGGUUCCGGCCCGCUAUGGCAGUGGCGGCGGCGGCGGGGGUCCGGGUCAGGCCGGACCGGGCCGUGGGGGCAGCAGGCAGGGUGGACCGCCCGGAGCCCAAAGGAUGUACAAACAGUCCAUGGCCCAAAGAGCCAGAACCAUGGCCCUGUACAACCCCAUCCCCGUCCGGCAGAACUGCCUGACUGUCAACCGCUCACUGUUUCUGUUCAGCGAGGACAACGUGGUGAGGAAAUACGCCAAAAAGAUCACCGAAUGGCCUCCGUUUGAGUGGAUGAUUUUAACCACCAUCAUCGCCAACUGCAUUGUUUUGGCCCUGGAGCAGCAUCUACCAGACGGAGACAAAACACCGCUUUCAGAGAGACUGGAGGAAACUGAGCCCUAUUUUAUAGCGAUUUUCUGUUUUGAGUCUGGGAUUAAAAUCCUCGCUCUGGGUUUCGCCUUCCAUAAAGACUCGUACCUGCGCAACGGCUGGAACGUCAUGGACUUUGUGGUGGUGCUGACAGGUAUCUUGUCCACUGUUGGGUCUCAGUUGGACUUGCGGACGCUGCGAGCUGUCCGAGUGUUGCGGCCGCUCAAACUGGUCUCAGGAAUUCCGAGCCUGCAGGUGGUGCUGAAGUCCAUAAUGAAGGCCAUGAUCCCCCUGCUGCAGAUCGGAGUGCUGCUCUUCGUGGCCAUUCUAAUGUUCGCCAUCAUCGGCCUCGAGUUCUACUCCGGGAAGUUCCACAAAACCUGCUACGAUAACGCUACAGACGAAAUUUCGGACGAGCAGCCGUGCGGCGACGAGCUGCCGGCACGCGUGUGUCCCGAGGGGACGUACUGUAACGGGUCCUGGAUCGGCCCCAAUCACGGCAUCACGCAGUUCGACAACAUCCUGUUCGCCGUCCUCACCGUCUUCCAGUGCAUCACCAUGGAGGGCUGGACGGACAUGCUGUACUACAGCAAUGAUGCGUUAGGCAGUGCGUGGAACUGGCUGUACUUCGUCCCCCUCAUCAUCAUCGGCUCCUUCUUCAUGCUCAACCUGGUGUUGGGUGUCCUGUCAGGUGAGUUUGCUAAAGAGAGAGAGCGGGUGGAGAACCGGAGAGAGUUCCUGAAGCUGAGGAGGCAGCAGCAGAUCGAGAGGGAACUCAACGGGUACCUGGAGUGGAUCUGUAAAGCAGAGGAGGUCAUUCUGGCAGAAGAUGACAACACCGGUGACCGUUCUCGUCGCAGACCAACGUUAAAGAAGACGAAGACUGACCUGCUGAACCCGGAGGAGGGAGAGGACCACAUGGGGGAUGCAGUGGGUUCUCCGUUUGCCCGUGCGAGCAUUAAGAGUGGUAAAGGCGACGGUUCUAGCUUCAGUAAGAAGGAGCGCCGUUUCCGGUUCCUGGUGCGUAAGGUGGUGAAGACUCAAGCGUUCUACUGGACCGUCCUCAGCCUGGUGGGACUGAACACGCUCUGCGUGGCCGUCGUCCACUACGACCAGUCUGAGCUGCUGUCCGACUUCCUCUUCUACGCGGAGUUCAUUUUCCUGGGCCUCUUCAUGUUCGAGAUGCUAAUAAAGAUGUACGGACUGGGGACCAGACCAUACUUCCACUCCUCCUUCAACUGUUUCGACUGUGCGGUCAUUGUGGGCAGUAUAUUCGAGGUGGUCUGGGCGGUGAUUAAACCAGGGACGUCCUUUGGGAUCAGCGUGCUGAGAGCUCUCAGACUGCUCCGGAUCUUCAAGGUCACCAAGUACUGGGCGUCUCUGCGCAAUCUGGUGGUGUCUCUGCUGAACUCCAUGAAGUCCAUCAUCAGUUUGCUCUUCCUGCUCUUCCUCUUCAUCGUGGUCUUCGCUCUGCUCGGGAUGCAGCUCUUCGGAGGACAGUUUAAUUUUAACCAGGGAACCCCGCCUACGAACUUCGACACCUUCCCUGCAGCCAUCAUGACCGUGUUCCAGAUCCUGACAGGUGAAGACUGGAACAUGGUGAUGUAUGAUGGCAUCGUGUCUCAGGGCGGAGUGAAGAGAGGAAUGAUCUCCUCCGUGUUCUUCAUCGUCCUCACGCUGUUUGGGAACUACACACUGCUGAAUGUGUUCUUGGCUAUCGCUGUGGAUAACCUGGCCAACGCUCAGGAACUCACCAAGGACGAGCAGGAGGAGGAAGAGGCCACCACGCAGAAGAUUGCUCUGCAGAAAGCCAAAGAGGUCGCGGAGGUCAGCCCGCUCUCGGCCGCCAACCUGUCCAUCGCCGCUAAAGAGCAGCAGAAGAACUCAAAGCCUCCGAAGUCCGUAUGGGAGCAGCGCACCAGCGAGAUCCGCCGGCAGAACCUGAUGACCAGCAGGGAGGUGCUGUACAACGAGCUGGACGCAGAAGACCACUGGAAGGUCAAUGACAUUCCUUCGAACUUCCGUAACCGUCCAGACAUGAAAACCCACCUUGAUCGCCCCCUGGUGGUCAACCCUCAGGAAAACCGCAAUAACAACACCAACAAACCGCGGCCUGUUGAGCCAGAGGAUUUGCCACCUCACCCACCCCAGUACCGCCCCCCCCAGUCCAGUCGAGUCUGUCUGCACCAGUCGGACCCCCGGGACCCCCGACACCAUGCACACUCACACAGACGAAGGGAGGAGGGGAGCCGGAGGCACCGCAGUAGAGGAACAGAGGCUGGAGGAGACACGGAGGAGCCACAGGACAGGAGGCAGAGGAAGCAUCGCCACGGCAACCAUGGAGACGGAGAGGGGAGGAGGGAACGGACCUGCCCGCAUCGAUCAAGGAGGGACGGUGUUGUGUCCACUGGUCGUCCGGUGCAUGGUCUGCUGUGCAAUGAGAACGUGUACAGUGAGGAUCUAGAUAACCUGCGGAACAGCAGACUGGCCCUGCAUGACUCCGAGCCGUGCUGCGACGCGGAACAGGCCAACAACCUGCUGAACCUGCGGGGGCCGGAGCCUCAGGACACCAUCCUCAUCCUCACGCAGCCCACCUUCACCCCCACCAAGACUGACCACACCGCCAUAGACAUGCCCCCCAUUUACCCCUCCCUCCACGCUCAGCUGCAGGUGAAUAAGAACGCUAACACUGAACCGGCUAAAGAGGGCGAGAAGAAAGAGGAGGAGGAGGACGGUGGAGAUGAUGAAGAUGGACCCAAACCCAUCCCUCCAUUCAGCUCCUGCUUCAUCAUGUCUCCCACCAACCCGUUCCGUAAAUGCUGCCACUACAUCCUGACGCUGCGCUACUUCGAGAUGUGCAUUCUGUCGGUGAUCGCCAUGAGCAGCAUCGCCCUGGCAGCCGAGGACCCAGUGUGGCCUGACUCGCCUCAGAACAACGUUCUUCGCUACUUUGAUUAUGUCUUUACUGGUGUUUUCACAUUUGAGAUGCUGAUUAAGAUGGUGGUUCUGGGUUUGGUUCUUCAUGAAGGCUCGUAUUUCCGGGACCUGUGGAACUUUCUGGACUUUAUAGUGGUUAGUGGUGCCCUGGUGGCCUUCGCCUUCACGAGCCACUCAGGGGGGAGCACUAAGGGGAAAGAUAUCAGUGUCAUUAAGUCUCUAAGAGUGCUGCGAGUCCUGAGACCCCUCAAGACCAUCAAGCGUCUUCCCAAGCUGAAGGCUGUGUUUGACUGUGUGGUGAACUCUCUGAAGAAUGUGUUGAACAUCCUGAUUGUCUACAUGCUCUUCAUGUUCAUCUUUGCUGUGGUGGCUGUGCAGCUCUUUAAGGGGCGAUUCUUCUACUGCACGGACGAGUCCAAAGAGUUUGAGCGCGACUGCAAGGGUGAGUACCUGGUGUAUGAGCGCGAUAACGAAGUGAAAGCUGAGAAGCGGGAGUGGAAGAAGUACGAUUUUCACUAUGACAACGUGCUGUGGGCCCUGCUAACUCUCUUCACGGUGUCCACUGGGGAGGGGUGGCCGCAGGUGCUGAAGCACUCGGUGGACUCCACCUUUGAGAAACAGGGCCCUAGCCCGGGUUUUCGGAUGGAGAUGUCUAUCUUUUACGUGGUGUACUUCGUUGUCUUCCCCUUCUUCUUCGUCAACAUCUUCGUCGCUCUGAUUAUCAUCACCUUCCAGGAGCAAGGAGACAAGAUGAUGGAGGACUACAGCCUGGAAAAGAACGAGAGAGCCUGUAUAGACUUUGCUAUAAACGCUAAGCCUCUGACUCGCCACAUGCCGGAGAAUAAGCUGAGCUUCCAGUACCGGAUGUGGCAGUUUGUGGUUUCUCCUCCGUUUGAGUACAGCAUCAUGGCUCUGAUCGCGCUCAACACCAUCGUCCUCAUGAUGAAGUAUCACGAAGCUUCAGACCUCUACGAUAAAGUGCUGAAGAACCUGAACAUCGUCUUCACUAUCCUCUUCUUCAUGGAGUGUAUUCUGAAAAUGAUCGCCUUUGGGGUCCGAAAUUAUUUCCGAGAUGCAUGGAAUAUUUUUGACUUCGUCUCCAUUCUCGGAAGCAUCACUGAUAUCCUGGUGACGGAGCUGGGGCCCACGAAUAACAUCAUUAAUGUGAGAUUUCUGCGUCUGUUCCGAGCUGCUCGGCUCAUUAAGCUCCUGAGGCAGGGAGAAACCAUCCGCAUACUGCUGUGGACCUUCGUACAGUCAUUCAAGGCUCUGCCGUACGUCUGCCUGCUGAUCGCCAUUCUCUUCUUCAUCUACGCCAUCAUCGGCAUGCAGCUCUUUGGGAACCUGGCGUUAAUUGAGGAGGAAGAUAUCGCCAUUAAUGAACACAACAACUUCAGAACAUUCAUCAUGGCGCUGAUGCUGCUGUUCAGGAGUGCUACAGGUGAAGCGUGGCAUGAUAUAAUGUUGGCAUGUUUGGGCGGGAAGCCGUGUGACCCCGCCUCUGGAAAUGAAGCGGAGGAAUGCGGGAGUAACGUUGCCUAUGCUUACUUUGUCUCCUUCAUCUUCCUCUGCUCGUUCUUGAUGCUGAAUCUGUUUGUUGCUGUUAUCAUGGAUAAUUUUGAGUACCUGACUCGGGACUCCUCCAUUCUGGGUCCCCAUCACCUGGACGAGUACGUGAGGAUUUGGGCAGAGUAUGACCCGGCAGCCUGCGGCAGGAUCAGUUUCAGUGAUAUGUAUGAGAUGCUGCGGCUCAUGUGCCCGCCGCUGGGCCUGGGGAAGCGCUGCCCGGCGCGGGUGGCAUACAAGAGACUGCUACGUAUGGAUUUGCCUGUUGCUGAUGACAACACAGUGCAUUUCAACUCCACCCUGAUGGCCUUAAUUCGCACUGCACUUGACAUCAAGAUUGCUAAGGGAGGAGCAGACAAGCACCAGAUGGAUGCAGAGCUGCGUAAGGAGAUGAUGGCAAUUUGGCCGAAUUUGUCCCAGAAGAACCUGGACCUGCUGGUCACCCCACACAAGGCAGCCACAGACCUGACGGUGGGCAAGAUCUACGCUGCCAUGAUGAUCAUGGAGUACUACCGGCAGAGCAAGGCCAAAAAGCUGCAGGCACUGCGGGAGGAGCAGAACCGAACGCCAUUAAUGUUUCAGCGCAUGGAGCCGUCCCCCAAUCAGGACGGGGAUCAGGGGGUCAAUGGCCUGACUGAUCUACAGCAGGACACAGUCAACAGCUUGCCUGUGGACUCUAGUUUAAUGGACAGUCAGUCGUGGGUUACUCCAAGAGCUCAGGAGAUGUUCCAUAAAUCUGCCCCUGACAACUGGAACUCUGAUAGACCCUAUGAUGAUCACCAUGACAACCGCCACAACCCACAGACAGUAGAAAUGAGGGAGAUGGGGCCUGUUGGGGGCGGUUACUCGGACACUGAGACUUUUCACCCAAUGGAAGGGCAUGGGAGGACCAUUUCCAUGCCCCGCCUCUCAGCAGACAACCAACGUCGGAGAUGCAGACCACGAGGAAAUAACCUCAGUACCAUCACAGACAUGAGUCCAAUGCGCCGUUCUACAUCCUCACUGGUGCACGGGCGCUCAGGUCGAGGUGUACGAUUGGACGACUACUCGCUGGAGCGCGUAGUGUCAGAGGAAGGACAAAGACAUGGAAGACGGAGAAGAGAUAGAGACAGAGAGCGCAGUCACCGAACCUCCGAGAGAUCACUCACCCGAUAUACAGAUGCCGAUACAGGUCUGGGCACAGAUCUCAGCACUACGACACAGUCAGGUGACCUUCCUCCCAAAGAGAGGGAGAGAGAGAGAGGCAGGGCCAAAGACCGGCGGCACCACCAUCAUCAUCAUCACCAUCACAGCUCAGUGGAUAAAGAGCAUUACAGCCAUGAGAGAGAAUACCAUCAUCAUCCUCACAACAGAGCAGAACGCCACUGGUCGCGUUCACCCAGUGAGGGCAGAGAUGGCAGAGGACUCAGACAGGGCAGUAGUUCAGUAAGCGGAAGCCCUGUCCCGUCGACGUCUGGCACCAGCACGCCCCGCCGCGGGCGCCGCCAGCUGCCCCAGACACCCUCCACCCCGCGCCCCAAGGUCACCUACUCACCUGCCGUCAGGAAACCACCCUACCCACACUCGCCCGGUCAGGGCCGUCUCCGCUCACCCUCGCCGGGUCACGAGGGUCACUACCACCAUCGCCCUUCUUCACGUCCACCUUCUCGCCCACAGUCACGACAGGCCUCACCCCGCUCACCCAGGAACCCCCGCUGGUGCCCCCCAGUGGACAGUCUAGAAGGUGAUCCGCCGUUUUAUGAGCGGGACUAUGAAUACGAACGUCACCACGAGCCGCCUGCUUAUGAGCAGAGCCUGACACAGGGCAACCCUCACCCGCAUGCCCGCUCACCCAGGACUGCCCGCCACGGUGGAUUUUCGCACCCACGCCGCGUCCCCAAUGGCUACCGGUCCCCCUCCCCUCCAUCCCCACAGCGCCGUGGACAUUCACACCGCCCCGCUCACCCACGAGGGCCCAGAAAGGGCCUCCAUGAACCCUACAGCGAGACGGACGAGGACGACUGGUGCUAGCACCAGCAUGCGAUUGCCACAGAGGGGCACUGAGUUGUCCUAACAGACACAGAGACAUUGAUUUGGGAGGAGAGAGAGAGGAAGGAGGGGGGAGUGAUUUGUGAGAGACUCUAAAACUAGGAGCAACAUUCUCACUCUCUAAAUGUGAGAUGCCUUGCUCUCUCUCCUGUUCUCUCUCUCGCUCUCUCUCUCUCUCUCUCUCUACCGCCUUCUCCCUUGCUUUCUGGACAGCGUUACCCAGAAGCCUCAGCAGGGAUGGGCUGGGGAGCUGUGUUGAGCUGCAGCUGUGUCGGAAGUUCCGCUAGACUCCGAGAGCCGGAACAUUCCCGACAUGAGCCAACAGCGUGCUGAAAAAGAGAGGUUCGUUCCUUUCCUUUCAGUAACGAGGCUGCAGGAGAACGACACCCCGCUUCUCAAAACACAAGCUAUGCCUCUGAAAAAGACACAAAAAGAAAUUAAAAGAAGAUAAAAGGUUGAAAAAUACAAGCAGGCACUCUCGCGAACGGGAGCUGGCUCCGCCCACUGCAGGACUGGCCAGUGGCGUCGCAGGCUGAUACUGAUGAGUUUUAUCAUCUAUGUUUCCUCUAACAUGCUGAGUUGACCUCAUCGCCUGGGGAGGGGUUAACUAGGGCACCGAAGAGGACAAGACAGAAGCCCCGCCCACAAACCGGCUGGCCUAAGCAAAAGAUGCGAAGGAUAUAACAAAAAAGGGCAGAGAAAUUGACGGAUGAGGGAAGAGAUGAAAGACUAUUUCCUCUUUAGUAUGUCUUCAAUUAAUUAAUUACUUCUUCUUCUUCUUCUUGAACAUUUGGAGCUUGGUUGUUCUGUUGCAUUUGCUCUGCUUUCUUUAACCUUUACGGACUUGAAUCUGAAGGAAACAUGCAUGAAAAAAAAUCCUGACGAACAACUAACUGUGGAACGGGG